AUGUCCGGCGCUCGAAUCUGCUCACAGUCUUGUCGCCCUACGGCACAGCGAGCAGUGCAGCUCGUUCGCCGGCAUCCUUGCAUACAGCACCAGCAACAGCAGCGAUGCGCCUCUUCUUCGUCCCCGUCGUACCACCUUGAUGAUCUCGUUUCGGAAUUGCCGCGCAGCACUCGGUAUUCGCGGCCUCGACAGAAGCCUGCCACGCCCGUCUCUCGCCAGCCCGAAAGUCUGUACGAUUAUGUAGCUGCAAAAUCCACCACCCAGCAGCCCGCUCGCUUUUCCACAGGCAGACCCGCUCAGCCCGCUGCUGCCCCCAAGCAUCAGUCUCAUAAACACUCCGACCCUCCCACUCGAGAUGGAUCUCAUGCAAGAAAGUCCCGGGAUGCCUCCCUCACCUCGUACACUUCCAAUCUGGAAGAUCUGGUUGCAAGAGGCGAUGCCGACGCUGCCUGGUCUUACUUUUCGACCCACUACACCGCGCCCGACUGUGCAGCCUUAGAUCCCGCCUCCCUUCCUUUUCUCGACGUCCCGAAGCACAGAAGAGGUUUUGUCUAUACACAUCUGCUAUCUCUGAUGACCCGUCACUGGCUUUCACAGCUCGACACACGCCAGUCGGUCGAGAACAUAACCUCUCUGUCCCCUUCUGCUGUUCUCGGAAGAUUCGUUCAGCUCGCCAUAGCCACACCGCCCAUCGCUUCCUCUGUAGCAUUGACUUUGGCAGUUCACCUCCAGCUGGCUGCUUCCAACGGCUUGGACGUCUUGACGCACCCAGCAACCAAGCCUGUCCUUCUUCAGUUGUUUGACAUAUGGCCGCUCUGCUUCUACCCCGCCAAGACUAAUGCAACGUACUACCAGCGCUUCAUGGGUCACCUCAGAGCUCCAACCGAGAAACCGUCGAGCUUCGCUGUGUCACUCUUGCUUAUACAAGAUCUUCUGUGCCGUGCCACAUCUUUCCCGGAUGACCUCGAGGAAUAUCGAGCUCCUCUCCAAGCUCUAGGCAAUGCGUGCCCAAAGAUGCAGUUCAACCAAGCCGCUCUACGUCACAUCGAAACCAAACUCAGAAGCGAAACUUCAGAUGACGCGCUACAACCAGCCGAGCUUAGCAGAAGGCUUUACAGCCUUCGCCCGGCCUUUGUACUGAAGGAUCACUCACAGACAGAUUCUACAUUCAAUGAGGAACCCAUUGAUCAAAGGACCAGAUGGCUUAUCUCUAGAGUCAACAACGCUGUCGAACAGCAGAAUCUUGACAGAUUGGAACAAAACUGGGCCAAUGCACAAGAAAUAUUUGCAGACGAAUCAUCACGCACACCGGAAAAUGCGCCCUCGACAUUGCGGUUGUUUGAAGGGCUCCUUCAUGCUUUCUUCCAAUUGCGAAGGCCUCAGUCUGGGCUGCAGGUCUGGAACAGCAUGCUUCAGUCAGGUUUCGAACCCACUGUCCGUACGUGGAAUGUCAUGAUGAAGAGUUGCCACUAUUCUCGCGCCACUCAGAUCAUGGAAUCCAUGUGGCAGCGCAUGAGAGAUUCUGGUAUUCAACCCGACGUAAUUUCCUGGAGCACCAGGAUAUAUGGACAUUUCCGGGUUGGCAGUCUUCGUGAUGGCAUGUCUGCAUUAGAUGAGAUGGGAAUGGAAUGGACCACCGCCCAAAACAGGCGACAGUCAAAGUCGACCGUCGCGGACGACGUCCCAGAGGUUCCAAAGCCCAACACUGCUAUAUUGAACUCGGCCAUCGCAGCACUUCGUGGUGGCAAAGCAAGUCAAAUCCCCAGAGUCCUGGCAUGGAGUCGAUCCUUCGAUAUCGAGCCAGAUGUGGUGACUUACAAUGCUUUGCUUGCCGUCUCCCUGACUGGAGGGCAGGCGACAGAUGCGGCAAAGAUACUGCAGCGUAUGGCAGCGUCCAACAUUCAGCCCAACUCAUCAACCUUUACUAUCCUGGUUGAUUCGAUGCUGUCGACGACGUUGCACGGCGACAUGACGCAAGAUGAGCAGAAGGACAAGAUCAUGGACCUCAUCUCUUCAGUCGAAGGGUGUGGCAUGACGGUGGACGUUCAAGGAUAUGCUCUGCUCAUCGAUCGUAUGCUCAAAGAUCAUAACAAUCUGAAGGCAGCCAGAAGCGUACUGGCACACAUGACCACUCGAAAUGUUGCGUGCACACCUCACAUAUACACAAUCCUCAUGACGCAUUACUUUGACGCCGACCCACCAGAGCUCCUUGCCGCGGAUGCACUCUGGAACGACAUACGGAGUUCAAGAGAGCACACGAUGGACGUGAUUUUCUACGACAGAAUGGUCGAAGGGUUUUCACGACAUGGAGACGUAGGCAGGACAAUGGCCUUUUUGAACCGCAUGAGCAAGGAGGGCAAGCGACCAGGUUGGCUAGCCAUGAUUGCGGUGGUGCAAUGUCUUGCGCGCAACCACGAAUGGGACAGAGUCGGGCAGAUAGUUGUGGACUGUCACAAGCAGGAGGGACUUCUCAGUGUGGGUCUGCGAGGCAAAAAGGGACAGAAGGACUUCUGGGAGUACGUGGGAAGGCUGGCGGAGAACGAGCUCUAUGGUAGCGAGCAUGGCCGAGACAUCUUCGCAAUUGUCGAGGCGCAGAAAGCAGCACUCGACAUGUGA